AUGCAAGGAGCACAAACAGAAAGAAAAAUAGGUGAACAUAGAGGAAGACAAGGAGGAGCACAGAGAAGAGGAUAUGGAUUUGGAGGAAGACAGGGAGAAGGAUUUGGAGGAAGACAGGGAGAAGGAUUUAGAGGAAGACAGGGAGGAGCACAGAAUAGGGCACUGAGAAGAGGAGAAGGAGAAGGAUUUGGAGGAAGAAAAAGAGGAGCACAGAAUAGGGUGCAGAGAAGAGCAGAGGGUGAAGGAUUUGGAGAAUUACAGGGAGGAUCACAGAAUAGGGUUCACAGAAGAGAACAAGGAGAAGAAUUUGGAGGGAGACAGAGAGGAGCGCAGAAUAGGGCAUGGAGAAGAAUUUAG